AUGUGUCUGCCGGUUGAGGGAGACGUAGGCGGGAGACGAGCGCCGGUCUUCGUGCACUACCCCGGCUCGGAGUACUCGUACGGAGACCUGACGGGCCGGGCGGACAGGACCAACGGUGUCUCGCUCAGAAUAUCGCGGGUCAAGCCCAGCGACGAGGGCUACUACGUCGUUCAGCUGUUACUGGACGCAGUAGGGCAGGAGGAGAAGGAGGUUUACCUCAACGUCUUAGAGCCCCCGAAAGUGUACGUCGGGCCGGGCAGCCCGUAUGUGGUCCGGUGGGGGAAGAACAUCACCCUGUCCUGCAGGGUCAAGGCCAAGCCCGAGAUCACCAACCUGUACUGGGAGAAGGACGGCCUUCCUGUGCGGUCCUUCCCGCGGAGCAAAAAGUACAGAGGAGGGAACAUGAGAAACCCGAACCUACACGUCAUCAACGUCGGCAAGGCAGACGCCGGCAAGUACGGCUGCGUCAUAGAUCACGUGGUCGAAAGUACGAGGGCCACCCUUGACCUGGAAGUGCUCUACCCGGCCAGUAUCACCAGCCUGACUGACACCAUCACACUCAUGUACAUGUGUUUCCCCCAUACAGACCCGGCCAGUAUCACCAGCCUGACUGAGUCAGUGUCCGUUGCCCUGACUGAUACCAUCACGCUCCAGUGUUUCGCGGACGGAAACCCGGAACCCAACAUCACCUGGACCAAGGAGGGAGCGCCGGUAGAGCGCAUGCGUGAAAUCCAGACUUUUAGUAAGGGACUUCGCGCAAGCGCCCUCGUGCUCAACUACGCUGAACGGAACGACAGCGGGAAGUACAUCUGUACGGCCAGUAACGGGCUGGGCAAGCCGGACGUUCGGACACUCACGCUAAAUGUGGAAGGAGAGCGUGCCCUGAACAGCUACACGCAGAUAGCGAUCUUCGCCGGAGCUGCAGCCGGCGGUGCGUGGCUCAUCGUCUGCAUCAUCCUCGUCAUCGUCUACGUCAGGAGACGGAACCAGCAGAGGCUCAGGGACGACUUCGCCUACUACUACGCCGUCGGCCGCCGCCAUUUUGAAUACCUGACGAAAAAGGAGCUGCCGCCGAUCCCGCCACACGCCGCCGCCGCCCAACAAGCCAAGAAGAUGCCGAAAAACGCAGUUGGCAGGUUAGCCCGCGUGGUGCACAAGUACGCGCCCCAGGCGGAGGACGAGCUCAUGCUGGAGGUGGACGACGUGCUGGAGAUCGUGAAGACGGACGAGGGAGGCUGGUGGGUCGGCUACCUCAAGGGCAAGCUGGGCCUCUUCCCCUUCAACUACGUGGACCUACUGCCUGAGAAAGCCUCCAUGGGGAACGGGAAGGCCAAGUCCCCGCUGAGAGCAGACCUGACGGACUCGGAGUACCAGGCGCUGGACCCGCCCCAGAAACAGGGACCAGACAGGGACAGCAUAUCACUGCCUGAUCCUCUGACGGGAGACUCGUUCAGCAAGGCCACCACACUGGUCGCCGAGAAAAAGGAGAAGGACAACCCGAACCUUGUUGCAUGCAGCGGCAACAGAUGAAAGAAGCAAGAGUUAUGAGUGGAGGGAAAUUGUACAGAGACUACUAUAAUACUUAUCCAUACAUACGCCGAGAAUAUGGUGUUUGUAUACGUGACGUCAGAGCCGCCAUACUGGCUGGUUAGACCUGGCAGAGUCAGAUCCAGAGGAUUGAAUAUGUUUAAAGGCAUCUAAUGCAAUUUCAUGACGGCAAAACUGGAUUUUGUAGAAAGAAAUGGAUCAACCCUAUCUCAUAAUGAUAUCUGUGAGGCAACAAUACGGUGUUACUGACAGAAAACGGCUUCUUGUUCUGUAUGGUAGGCUGAUUUCAUCUAUUUAUAGGUGGUACCCAAAAAUAAAGAGACGCCUCCAGUGGCCCGUUUUGCGGCUAUUUUAAACGCUUUGUAUCCGAAAUGAUGCCGAAAAUGUGCUAAGGAAUGGCAGUAAAUGUCAAUAUCAGACAGAUUU